ACAGCCUUCUUCGGAGUCACUCAUCCAAGGCGCAUGCGCACUGGCCCCCGCGUGGCAGUUCUUGUUUACAGCCAGGGCUAGGCCGCAGCCGCGGGCUGUAGUUCCCGUUGCGCCCUCUAGUCAUCGCUCCUCCUUCAGGGGGGAGGACUGACAUGGGGACCAGAUAGCGCACAACCGGCCAUGUACUCCCCGCAGCGCCGGGACUUUAUGUCCGUCACCCUCAUCCAGCCGGAGGGGCCCGGCGGAGGAUAUAACAACAGCAAGAGCUGGAGGAGGAAGUCCUGCUGGAGGAAAUGGAAGCAGCUUUCUAGGCUGCAGCGCAGUGUCAUCCUCUUCCUGUGCGUCCUGCUGGCCGUGUGUGGUGUCGUCUCUUUCUCUAACCUGGGAGAGCACUGGAGAAGUUUUACCAGCCAGUUGGAUGGGACCUAUGAAGGCCAAGACUUGCCCGGAAUUAAUCCAGUACAACCUGCAGGAUUACCCGCACACAAAGAAGCUGAGGAUCCAGAUCUCAAGCUACCAAAACCACCUCUGCAGAAAAAUAAGAGACCAAACAAGCGCGGACCACCAAAUUUACAUCCACCUCCUACCAAGAGCCAAACAGUGGAAGACAAUGAGCAGAGGCCAGCAGAGGCUGAAAACAACGAGCCCGUCAUCAGCUGGAGGGGAGCCGUGAUUGAACCAGCCCAGACCUCAGGACCGCCUCCAAACAAAGUUCCAGAAGCCACAAAACCCCGUGCCCAAGACGUUGUAGAUCAGAAGGAUCCAGUUCCUAUCAAUGAACGCCAGGAAGCAGUGAUUGAAGCGUUUCAACAUGCCUGGAAGGGGUACAAGGAGUUUGCAUGGGGUCACGACGAGCUGAAACCGAUCUCCAAGGCUUACAGUGAAUGGUUUGGACUUGGACUCACACUCAUAGAUGCUCUUGAUACCAUGUGGAUAUUAGGCCUAAAAGAAGAGUUUCAGGAGGCACGGGAGUGGGUGGCCACCACACUGACGUUUGAUAAAAAUGUUGAUGUCAAUCUCUUUGAGAGUACGAUUCGGAUCUUGGGAGGACUGCUGAGCACCUAUCACCUGACCCAAGACUCUCUCUUCUUGGAAAAAGCGAAAGAUAUUGGCACUCGUCUGCUGCCAGCUUUCAACACCCCGUCCAAGGUGCCUUACUCUGACGUGAACAUUGGGAAAGGAACUGCCCACCCACCACGCUGGACCUCAGACAGCACAGUGGCUGAAGUCACCAGUGUCCAGCUGGAGUUCCGGGAGUUGUCGCGACUGACGGGAGAUGAAACCUUCAAGAAUGUGGUGGACCAUAUCACCCAGCAUGUUCAUACUCUUUCUGGGAAACGGGACGGCCUGGUGCCCAUGUUCAUUAACACGAACAGCGGGCAGUUCACCCACCUUGGAGUCUUCACUUUGGGAGCCCGAGCUGACAGCUACUAUGAGUACCUAUUGAAGCAGUGGAUCCAAAGUGGGAAGAAAGAGACUACGUUCUUGGAGGAUUACAUGCAGGCCAUUGAGGGGGUCAAGAAGAAUUUGCUGCGGAAGUCGCACCCCAGCGGACUGACUUUUGUGGGAGAGCUGUCUCAUGGCCACUUCAGCCCGAAAAUGGAUCAUCUGGUGUGUUUCCUUCCUGGUACUCUGGCAUUGGGUGCCCACAACGGCAUCACAAGUGACCACAUGGAGACCGCCGUGUCCUUAAUAGAGACCUGCUACCAGAUGUACAAACAAAUGGAGACCGGUCUAAGCCCAGAGAUCUCUCACUUCUUCCUGCACGGGUCACCAGGGGGCAAGGACAUUGAUGUCAAGACCGCAGACAGACACAACCUCCUACGACCCGAGACGGUGGAAAGUCUCUUCUAUCUCUAUCGGUUCACUGGUGACACCAAAUACCAGGACUGGGGCUGGGAAAUCCUCCAGAACUUCAACAAGUUCACACGGGUUCCAUCCGGUGGCUACUCCUCCAUCAACAACGUGCAAAAUCCCAGCAACCCUGAGCCCCGAGACAAGAUGGAGAGUUUUUUCCUGGGGGAGACCCUCAAGUACCUGUUCCUCCUCUUCUCUGACGAUGUGGAUCUCUUGAACUUAGACAAGUUUGUCUUCAAUACAGAGGCUCACCCUCUUCCAAUCUGGACAUCCUAGCACAAGAUCAGUGUCAGGUCUCCGACCAAGCAAGUGCCCGCCCGCCCUCCCGCCGUGGUCAGAGAGUGAGAAUCCUUUAUCUAGUAAAACUGCUGUUGCUAAAAGGUUCAUCUUGAAGUUGUGCAACAAGCAGAUGAUUUUUGGAUGGGUGCCGGGGAAAAGGGACAGAUUUUUCCGACCCAUCUCAUUC